AUGAGGUUUCUCGAAGCGUGCAAGUCGUUGGUCAUUAGCUUCACUGCACUCUUCUCUACCUCUCCUUUCUCGGAUAAUUCGAACUCGCAGCAACCAUUGGUAGAGUAUCUAUCAAAUGGUCCUCCUGAACACGACGCCUACGCCAAGUUUCCUGUACGCUUUGAUUCACCUAGUGGUCCCGAUUCCGAUAAUCCCGCACCGCCGUUCACAUGCAAGUAUAACUUCGACCGUCCGGGAUGGCGGAAUUGCUCUACUGCUUCGAAUCGGAAGUGUUGGCUUGAGAACACAGAAACGAAGGAACAGUACAAUAUCACGACAGAUUAUGAAAACUACUACCCACCCGGAAUUGUUCGCGAGUACUGGCUUGACUUGAGCGAGAAGACCAUCAAUGCCGAUGGCGUGAACAAUCCUGAUGGAAAGGUUUUCAACGGGUCUUAUCCGGGGCCUUGGAUCCAAGCGUGCUGGGGAGACACGCUGAAGAUCCAUGUCAAGAACAACCUCGAUUGUAAUGGAACAACGAUUCAUUGGCAUGGCAUCAGGCAGCUGAAUACUGUCCACAUGGAUGGCGUGAAUGGCAUCACGCAAUGCCCGAUUGCUCCCAAAAAAGAAGCCACAUAUAUCUUCAAAGCCAUGCAAUAUGGUAGCUCUUGGUACCACAGCCAUUACAGCCUGCAGUACGGUGAUGGCGUCGCAGGGCCAAUGACGAUAUACGGCCCGUCGUCAUCAGAAUUCGAUGAGGCGCUCGAUCCCAUUCUGAUGACAGAUUGGAGCCAUCAGAGCGCGUUCAAGGACUACGUUCGGGAAUUGACUGGCAAACCGAGUAUACCGAAGAUGAAUAGUGUGCUGAUUAACGGCAAAGGAAAUUUUGCUGGUGCUUUUAACCUAACGAAGUUUACCAGACAUAUUAAACAGGGCAAUCGAUACCUCAUGAGAAUCAUCAACACCUCCGUGGAUACUGCCUACAUCUUCAGCAUCGAUAACCACAAUCUCACCGUCGUCACAUCCGAUUUUGUCCCGAUCGAGCCGUACACUACGGACCACAUCUUGGUUGGCAUUGGUCAACGAUACCAUGUGAUCUUGCACGCAGAGCCAAUUCCGACAAAUGGAUGGGUUUCCAGCAAAGGCAACUAUUGGCUGCGUGCCAUUCCUGCCGAUGGUUGUAAAGCGUUCGAGGACGGCAACCAGCCCGAUGAACGACAGGGCGUCAUCCGAUACAAUAAAGAGGAGACAAGCGUGCCGGUCUCAUGGAGACCGACUUGGAAUCUGACCUGUCGUGACGAACCAUACAGCAAAUUGAAGCCAAUGCAUCGCUGGAAAGUGCCGCUUAUGGACUUGCCACCGUCUGAUGACUACUUUGAGGUCGGCUUGCAGAAGAAUCCUGGUCGGCCACAUGAGCACGAUGACUUCCGCAUGUGGUUCCUCGCCAACCAUUCCAUGUGGAUCGACUUCGCGAGGCCCACCAUUGACUAUCUCAGCAACAAGACGUGGAACGACGACUCGGUCAUUGUCGAAUCCCAGGCCAAGAAGGAUGAGUGGAUUAUCCUGGUCGUCACUCAACCGGCAAAGUACCUGCCAGUACCCCUUCCUAAGCCAGGUAUGCCGGUGGUUGGUAAACCAGAGCGGCUUAUGAUUGCAACGGCCCAUCCGAUCCAUCUCCAUGGCCACGAUUUUGCAUUGCUUGCCCAAGGAACGGACUGGACGGACCUCGAGCUCGGCAAGGUGAAUCUCAAAUGGGACAAUCCGCCUCGCCGAGAUGUGGCCCUACUCCCAAGCGGUGGCUACCUCGUGAUGGCGUUCAAAGCCGACAACCCGGGCGUAUGGAUUGUGCAUUGCCAUAUUGCCUGGCACGCAAGCAGCGGUCUGGCCAUGCAGAUCAUCGAGCGCAAGGAAGACUUGAAAACCUUGCUGUCCUCCAAGGACCCGGAGAUGGUUGCGCAGAUGGCGCAGCACAGACAGGUGUGCAAAGACUGGGACGCGUGGUUCAAGAAAAACGAGAAGAGGUGUGCGAUUCCGCCGAAUCCGUUCCAGGAUGAUAGUGGGAUCUGA